UCCUAGAACUUCACCACAUAGUCAAACUUUGAACAUCUUCUUCACCACAUGAUACAUAUAUAUACAUGAACUGUAUUAUAUACACUGCACGAAAAGCAUUCAGAAAAAUUCCUACUUGAUUGGGAUCCCUACCAAAAUUAUCUCACUUUUUGAAUCGAAUUCAUAAGAAAACACACAAAGCACAAGCUUUUCAAUCGCAUGAGUGUUGGUUUGCGGAGGUGGUCCAGAUCCUCACGGAACUUACUACCCAAAAUGGCGGAGGAAGUUAGCUCAUCCGCCACCGCGGCCGCCACCGUAGACACUACAAAGAGACGCUCCUUGUGGCCUUCUUUUUGGCGAUGGAUACCUACCUCCACUGAUCAUAUUAUCGCCGCGGAGAAACGUCUCCUCUCUCUUGUCAAGACCCCGUAUGAGCAAGAGCAGGUUAAUAUUGGGUCGGGUCCGCCGGGUUCCAAAAUCCGUUGGUUUCGGUCGGCGAGCAAUGAACCGAGGUUUAUUAAUACGGUGACGUUCGAUAGCAAAGAGGGGUCUCCGACGCUGGUGAUGGUGCAUGGAUAUGGUGCUUCUCAAGGCUUCUUUUUCCGUAAUUUUGAUGCGCUUGCUAAUCAUUUUAAAGUGAUAGCAAUUGAUCAACUUGGUUGGGGUGGAUCCAGUAGGCCUGACUUCACAUGUAAAAGCACUGAAGAAACCGAAGCGUGGUUCAUUGAUUCCUUUGAGGAAUGGCGUAAAGCGAAAAAUCUUAGCAACUUCAUUUUACUUGGACAUUCUUUUGGAGGAUACGUUGCUGCCAAAUAUGCGCUCAAGCAUCCUGAGCAUGUUCAGCACUUGAUUUUAGUAGGACCAGCUGGAUUUACUUCAGAAACAGAACAUAAAUCUGAGUGGCUUACUCGAUUUAGAGCAACAUGGAAAGGUGCCAUGCUAAAUCAUCUGUGGGAGACUAAUUUUACUCCUCAGAAGAUAAUAAGGGGUUUAGGUCCUUGGGGUCCGGACCUGGUUCGCAAAUACACAAGUGCUAGAUUUGGCUCAGCUUCACAAGGAAGCAUGUUGAAUGAUGAUGAAUCAAGAUUACUUACAGAUUAUGUAUAUCACACUCUGGCGGCUAAAGCUAGUGGAGAAUUGUGCUUAAAAUAUAUAUUCUCGUUUGGAGCCUUUGCUCGAAUGCCUCUAUUGUACUGUGCGUCUGAAUGGAAGGUGCCAACAACAUUCAUAUACGGUUUCCAAGAUUGGAUGGAUUACCAAGGAGCACAAGAAGCUCGCAAGCACAUGAAGGUUCCGUGCGAGAUCAUAAGAGUUCCUCAGGCUGGUCAUUUUGUAUUCAUAGAUAACCCAGCUGCUUUCCAUUCGGCUGUAUUUUAUGCUUGCCGCAAGUUCUUUUCAUCCAACCAAAGUUUUAACACUCUUGGGGAAGGCCUGCUAUCUGUUUAAAGAAAAGUGUAUGUUCCAUUCUAUUACAUCAUUUUUCUAUGAAAAUAAUGACAUAUCUGUUAUUUGGACUCGGUAUUCGCUUGCAACCCCACUUAUCUUCUUAGCUGAUUUGAAAAUAUUCUUUGAUGUAUUCUCUGGGUUAUUGGAUUUGUAUAUUGUACAGGCACCGCAAUUGUUAGAUACAUUUAUUUGCUAGUGAAAUUCGCAAAGGAGCUUUUUCAUAUUGCUU